GUGUUCAAUAUUUGUUCAAUCAGGAGACCAAAUGCCCUGAUAUAGAGGAGCUAAAGCAGAUUAGCUCAAGGACAGAGUGCUCUGUGUGUGUGUGUGUGUGUGUGUGUGUGUGUGUGUGUGUGUGUGUGUGUGUGUGUGUGUGUGUGUGUGUGUGUGUGUGUGUGUGUGUGUGAAGGAUGCCAGCUGUUGCUGGGUGAAGAAUCCUGGGAAGGCCGUUUGAGGAGUCAGCAGUGUGAUGCUGUCCCAUGACUGGGCAUUUAUUUCAAACAGAUGAAAGGUGUGUGUGUCAGGUGAUGUAUAGAAGUGCAGUUUAAGAUUUGUUUGCCUUUUUCUUUGUGGUUUUUAAUCAAUCAUUUCAACUUCCUGUUGUUUGCACUGUAACAUGAUCAAAGAAAAGAUUCUAAAAAUACAACACUGAGGUUUAGAGAUGAACGGGGAAUGAGAUUUCAAAGCAAGGACAACUGAACAGAAUCUAACUGACAGUGUAUGCGCUCGUUUUCUUUCGUGCUCUUUUUUCCCUCUGAGAAGUGAUCAGUAGAUCUGUUUUGAUGCAUCCAGGUAAGGAUCAGCUUUCUGGGAUACAAAGAUCUUCUUCUCCUUCUUCAAGCAUCACAGUCAGGGAGGACAAGUGUGUCCUAUCAGGAGAUGCUUUGUGAGUUCACUCUGUGAGGGUCAGUACCCUCAGGGGUGGAAUGCUCUGCAGAAUCCUAACCUAGCAAGGCCGGCGGCUUCAGUGGAAACCUAAACUGGGACCAGCACUCUCAUGUUCCUGCACAGCAGUAAAUAGCUCUGUUUAACACCACUGUUGCACAGUCACAAAGAAGAGGCUUUCCACCAUGGAGGGUGUGGCAGUGGACAACCUAAUAGACUUCGACAUACCCUCAGAGACCAAGACUCUCAACAUAGAUGGAGGUCAACACCAAGGACACACAGACAUUUUUUCCCCAGAGCCAGCUUCUUCCACAGGAGUCCACCAGUUGCCAGAGCCCAUGGCUCCAACCAAGCCCAACUCCCACCACCAGUCAGAGGAAGGAGACAACGACAGUGAUGCUACAGAGUCGGCAGACAGUGAAAAUGACAUGGACCCACCCUCUCAUGAAUGGGAACUAAGAAGGUCGUCGUCUUCGUCGGCUCACAGCGGGGAGGAGGCCGACGCCGAGACGGUGGAGAGGAGGCAGUUCAUGAAGACGUAUGUGGAGAAGGUGUUUCAUGGAAAAGAGGACUUUGACCAAGAGGAGAAGGCUCAUUUUGGAGAGUUGUGCAGUGGAGAGAAUGGAAAAGGCAGGGAGUGGUUUGCCAAGUAUGUCAGCGCUCAGCGCUGCCACUCCAAAUGUGUGAGCGAGGCCACCUUCUACAGACUCGUGCAGUCUUUUGCAGUUGUGCUAUUUGAGUGUUACCAGAUGGACGACUACAGCCCGGCAAAAAACCUCAUGACCAUGUGCUUCACUUAUUAUUACGUUGGAAAGUCUCAGCCGUCUCCCUCUGAGCUGUUGGAUCGCGGUGGUGCUCCAGCUGGUCUGGACUCUUAUCUCAACAAGGCUAACACCUGGCUGACAGGGAAGAAGGACGCUGCCGAGCGCCUCCUUAAACACACGUCCAAGACUGACGUCAAAGGCUUCUUUGGGGGCCUGGAGAGCAAGCUGAGAAGCUCAAUGGCUCCCAAGUCUGACGAUGGGGAAAAUCCGGGGGAGACGAAGCCUAAAUCACCAGUGUCAGGCGCUCCAGAGGAAAAGAAAGGGGAAAAGGUGUACCUGUACACUCACCUGAAGCAGCAGCCUAUCUGGCACACGCUGAGAUUUUGGAACGCUGCCUUUUUUGAUGCUGUCCAUUGUGAGAGGAAGAAAAGGUCUCCGACCACGAGGGAGAAGUGGUGUCACAUGACGGAUGAGGAGAAGAAGGACAGCUACAAAAUCGAUGAGAACAUCGCCUUUGGCCAGCUGGGGACGUUCACUCACAACAUGCUGGCGUUUGGUCUGAGUAGGAAGCUCUGCAAUGACUUCCUGAAGAAGCAGGCUGUUAUUGGGAACCUGAAUGAAGAACAGUACAAGCUGCUGACUGAGCACAUAGAGAAAAUGGCAGCAGAGUGAGUCUAAGAGUGACUGGCUGCAUCUCAAAGCCUCCACGUGACAAUCUGACAGCACACAGCAACACAUCAGCCGUUUCCUUCCAGCUCCACGUCGCUGUAUCCGACUCUCCCGCUGGCUCUCUUUUUAAUUUCCUGCUGCUUUUGCGUGGUGCACUGCUGAAAAACAACACGACCUGUACUGAGCUGUGCCCAUACCUGUAGCAAAACCCUUCCAUCUGCACCGUGUGCUGGAUCAGCAAUAAUAAGGCCAUCGUUACUGUAAUAUUUAUAAUAGUCAUGUGUCUGUGACCUGGUAGAUCUGUCUGUGACGUAAACUAAAAGAAUUAACCAUCCAGUAUAAGCCUCGAACAGCCUCAGAUACACUGGAUUUAUGUAUUACACCAGUGACGUGUAUGUUACGUAUCCUAUAUGCUGUUUAUUCUGUGUUCCUCAGUGACCAUAUUUAUUAUAUGAAGAAGUGAAGCGACCUAUCUAACAGCAUUAAUGGCAAUAAGAAUUCAUUGUGCUUUAAUCUGCUGUUCAGGUGGCUUUAGAUCAGUUUUUAUUCCUCAAAACUUUAUUGUGCAUUUUUUUUUCUGUAAAUACACAAAAAUCGUUUGAUAAAAUUUACAUUUAAACAAAACUUUAUUGCAAUAUUUUACCAUAUGUUCUCUUUAGAGCAGUGCGUACAAAGAUGGUGGACACAACAAUUAACACUGCAAACCAAUUACUGGGUUUUAGUAAACAGGGUGCAUCGCUUCACUUAGCAUUUGGCUAAAAAGCUAACUUUUGGAUCUGCUAGCACAUCUUUUGUUCUUCUUAUUCUAAAACUAAAGAGCUAACCUGGCUUACCUUAUAGGUGACAUCAUUAAUCAACAACAAUUUUUUUUUUUUUAAAGGACAAUUUUUGCAAUGACAUAAACAUAAAAGACAACUUCCUAAAGAAGCUGUACUUUUUGCACUGGCAUCCGCUUCCUUUAUGUCACGCUAGCUCGAGCAGCAGUUACAGACGGUGGUAACAACCACAGUUACAACCUUACUCAAUGAAUCCAUUCUGAAAGCUGUAAAUUAAAUAUGAAGUCGCAACAACAGCAAUGAUUGGGUUAGCUUAGCUACAGAGAUGAGAAUUACAGAGAAACAGGAAGCCUGGUGUUGACCAAACAUGGCCAACCACCUUCCAGCUCCUCUCGUCAGCUCACUAAAGAUCAUAUCAAGUUAUUUAUCGAUGCAAAAGGCAGAUAUAACAAUGAUUAGUGGCUUUAUGCUAAGCUAAUCAUCUUUCGCCUCUGAUUUAUGUGAAAUGAUUAUUUAAUCCUUUUGUUUUUCACUUCAAGAUUCACACAUUUGCAAUUCAGAGAUGCUGAUUUUAUUUAUCUAUUUAUUGUUUUAUUGUUAUUAUUACUGUAACUGUGGGACUCCUUAUCUUUCCAAAGUGCCUUCUGUCCACGUCAGCGUCCUUUUCUUUAUCCUUUUAAUCUUCCCUCACUCAGCUGACCAAACAUUGGCAUACGCUCCUCUGCUGUGGCUGUUUGUGUCUUCAGUGAUGGUGUGUGUUAGUGGUCUGUUUCCAUGUGGCUGUAAUGUAACAUUAAUAUCAUUUAAGCAUGUUGCCUGGUUCUGGUGCAUGUGCCUCCAUGUGAUAUUUGUAUUACUUUAGUCUGCCACUGUGGGGCAGCAUUGUCUGCACUUCUCAGUGGGAGAAUUUGAACAGGAAUAUAUUAAGGUUUUAAAGUCAGGCUGACACAUUCAGGCGGGAUGAAUCCCAUUUUUGUCCAAUAGUGAAGUUAUUAUGUAUAUAUUGUAUAUUUCUCUGUAUGCUGUUGUUGUUUAAUCAUAAAUGUAUAAAUCAUAGAUGUAAUUGUGAACCUUGACCUUAGUCUCACUGUAAUAUGACCCUUACAGUAAGUGCCCCCCUGGACAUCCCAGCUGUGUUCAUAUGUGCAGAUACUGAUGUGUAAUGUUCUUGUGAAAUGUGAAUCAUUUGUUCAUAGCAAUCUUGACCAACGUGCAUAACUGACGUCUUUGCAAAUCAUCCAAGCCCAUUUUUCCCCACGUUCUUAGACUGUGUGCACACUGACUUAACCAUUGUGUUUGUCCCCAUGCCAUGUUCCAGCUUUAAACGCUCUGAUUUUUAAUGUUAGCCUUUGGUUGUGCUUCUUAGCCAAGCAUGAGCAAUUUGCACUACAUUUAUUCUAACAUAUCCCUCUAUAGACAAAUUCAGGUGUAAGUGAAGGUACAGAGCCCCAAAGUGUUCAGUGGUAAGUGAAUUAAAAAAACUUACAAAGUGAAUAAACUGUGUAAAUGAUAUAAAUGAACCAAUAAAAUGAACCAAUAAAUGUUUAUGUAAUUAAAAAAAUAAAGGUGA